UGUGUGUGUGUGUCAGAAGUGGUAUCUGUUCCGAGGAUACGUCGCUUUCUCAGCAUCGCCAUUGGAAGCCAAAGUUGCGCUUCAGGGAACGCGCUUCGUUGCUUUCCUCGAUUAGGGGCCACGUGUCCAUUGAAGACUAAAGAACCAGCACAAUAUUACGAUGUGCGAGUGGUGGCGACCAGUAUUGACACGCACACGCACACGCACACGAAACCGCCAACACUUUUCUUAGGCUGCGAGUCUAUCUCUCUCUCUCUCUGUCUGUCUGUCUGUCUGUCUCUCUCUCUCUCUCUCUCUCUCUCUCUCUCUCUCUCUCUCUCUCUCUCGGUCCCUGAGGCUGCCGCUGUGACAAGUCGCAGCUCACGGACGGGUCCCGCUAUCGGACCCUUUUCUCUCUUUUUGUUGCGCACAGUAGAAGGCGGACUCAGCCCACCACGCAAACAAAGUUCGAGCGAAGCUUCUCCUUUUGCGGGUUUUUUUUUUCUUCUUCUCGGUGCUGCGGGAUUUAAAGGCAGCGGGGGAGACUUCUGGAAAAAAUGAUGAUGACGAGUCAGCAGCUGUUGCCGGACGGUCGUUAGGCCCCAGCUGUCCGUCAAGGCCAAUAUGGAACGUGAGGGCUCAUUUAGGAGGAGUCUUCAGAACAAGCUGAGGUUGGGUCUCGGCUCUUCCUCCAGCCUCACCGACCUCUCGCAGGCCAAGACCCCCGGUGUCGGAGGAGGGGAAAGGGGCGGGACCACCGGAGGGCCGGCGGACGAGUGCAACAGGCACAUAGGGACCCAGCAGAGGAGGGCCGGCGCCAACGCCACUUGGAACGGCAUCCACAACGCGGUGAUAUCAGUGUUCCAGAGGAAGGAUCUGGGGGAAAAUGAACUCUACACACUGAAUGAAGGAGUCAGGCAGCUGCUGAAGACCGAGCUGGGCUGUUUCUUCACCGAGUACCUUCAGAACCAGCUGCUCACUAAAGGCAUGGUGAUACUGAGAGACAAGAUCCACUUCUACGAAGGUCAGAAGUUGCUGGACUCUCUGGCCGACACGUGGGACUUCUUCUUCUGCGAUGUUCUGUCCAUGCUGCAGGCCAUCUUCUACCCCGUGCAGGGAAAGGAGCCGUCAGUGCGUCAGAUGGCUCUCCUCCACUUCAGGAACAUCAUAACCCUCAACCUGAAGCUGGACGAAGCUCUGUGUCGUCCCCGAGCCCGAGUUCCCCCUUCAAUCAUACAGAUGCUGCUACUACUACAGGGAGUCCAUGAAUCUAAAGGUGUGACCGAUGACUACCUUCGUUUAGAGGCUCUCAUCCAGAAGGUGGUCUCUCCCUACCUCGGCACCCAUGGGUUGCACUCCAGAGAUGGAUCUUCCAAUUUGCACUGCUCCUCCUGCCUUUUAGAAAACCGCUUCCGUCGCUCCUGGCCGUCCAAACCCGGAAACCCGCCCAUCCCCAAGAACCCAGUGGUCCGCUCCAAGAGCUACAACGUGCCCAUGCUGACCCCUGUGGUGGAGUACGACUCCGACUCUUUCGCGGCAGGGGGCGCCGGCAUCAGGCGCCACUCGGUCUCCGAGAUGACCUCCUGCCUGGAGGAGAGCAGCUCUUUGGCCGAAUCCACACCGGCCGCGCCCAGCGACUGCGGCGGCACCGGCGCGUCCAGCGCAGCGCGCCACGCCGCCUCCGCUGCCCUCUCAGGUCGCGACCCGCCCCAGCCACAGAAUCCCUCCCCCUGCCUCCUCCCAGAGCCUUCGCCGGGCGAGGACACGCACCGCUCUGGCUCGCUGGCGUCCGACUCUCCCGCGUCGUCCCGGGCCCAGGACACGGCCUCCGACCCCGGUACGCCGUCCAGCCUUGAGGCGGCGGCGGCGGCGGCGGGCGGCGAGCCCGAGUUUGUGGACGGCAUCUUCCUGGACUUCUCUCUGCGUCGCUCCGGAGGGUCGGAGGAGACUCGCACUGACGCAGAGACGCGUGCAGACGAUGCUGCGCCGUGACGACAUUACCGACACCACCGAGGGACGCUUUAGAUUCUUAGGGAUCUUUUCAAAUGAAAUUAUUUUUGCAGAAGAUGUGGUCGCCGAUCCUCGGAAACAAAGUCUGCCUCUCCGGAAUGAUACAGACUGAUCCUAAAGGCACGUGUUGGCAAAAUGUUUUAUAAUUAUCUAAGAGUAGGGCUACUGGAUCAUUUAAGCUGUUGAACUUCUUUUUUAACACUCCUAAAGUUAUUUUAUUAAUAAAUUAUAAAAAUCAGAACUUGAAUUCUGUCUCGCACAAUAUUCAGACCUAAUUUGGUUAUUUAAAACAUUGUCAGAUGUUAAUCAGGUUUAGAUUUAGGUGUUUUAAGCAGAAGCAUAUUUUAUUCAGUCUGAACAGGGACAAAACACCUGGAUUUCUUGUUUUCCUUCUUCUCACAUCCGGGAGCAGAUCACAUAAGGCUGCCAACACUGAACUGAAUUUAUUUAUGUUAUUAUUACAGCCUUUAAAUAUUUCAGUGUACUGACCAAUCAUGGAGUCAAUUUACAUUUCUAAAUAGCCCAAAUAUGCCCAAAUGACAUCAACAAUUUGGAAAAGAACACUGAUAACUUAAGUUUUCUCAUGCAGAGUAACUGAAGUUUUUGAUUCAAACCAAUAAUAUCAAACUAUAUUUUGCUUUGUUUUUAUUAGAAAACCUAGUAGACACAGCAAUGUCUUGUCUUUCUCUUUUCUUUAUUUACGUUGCAUCUAAAUACCACA